AUGAUACAACACUCUAGGACCGCACCAAAGAGAUCAAAGGUGUCAAUACACGCCUUCCUCUUCUUCAGCAUCAUCCUUGCCCAGAUCUCAUACCAACCACUAGUCUGGGCGCAGUCUGUCGAAGACAUCGAUAUCAACAGCACUCCCGACCCACUGUCAUUUUCACUUAAGCCUCCACCAGCAGUAUUACCAACAGCCAUCGAUGGCUUGGAACCCGCACCGGCACCGGUACAGGAAAAACGGAUACCUCGCCACUUGAUCAAAGAACAGGCAAUGCCCUACAUCCCACCACCAACCACCUUCCCGCCAGACCAGUGGGGAAACCGCAUCCCCGAUUUUAGUCAAGUAGGCUACAGGAGAGGCAAUAUCCCCCUGCCGACCACAAUCCCAAUCGCAAUCACCCUCCAACCCUCAAUCGACCCACGAAUCAACGACCGUGUCCGGAUCCAAAACGCAAUCGACUUUGUUUCCUCCCUCCCUUUCAAAGCCGUCCUCCUCCCCGACUCAAAAACCACUAUCCAAGCCCGUGGCGUCGUACUCCUCCAAGCAGGGAUCUAUCGCAUCCAGGGAUCCCUUAUCCUAAACCGAUCCGGGGUCGUCCUGCGCGGGGAAGGCAACGGGCCAGAUGGCACGGUAUUGAUGGCAAUGGGACAGUUCAAACACGACUUUAUUAACCUCCACGGGUUACAGGACCCAUCCUUCCAAUCCACGCCCGAGUACCUAUCUGCCAACAUUGGCUCUCCCGACCUCUACCCCAAGAACCCCUACGUCAUCCUCGACGACGAAAUCGCCGAGGUCGCAGAUGAAUAUAUCCCUGUUGGCACAACCCGCCUCCCCGUCAAAGAUGUUUCUAAUUUUCGAGUAGGGGCCGAGGUGGUGGUGGAGAGGCACUCGAAUGAGGAUUGGAUUAGGAGGUUGGGGACGGAUCAUAUCCCGAAGCGGCCCAAGGAUCCGGAGAGGACAAUGAAUUGGGAUCCGAGGCAGUAUACUUUGAGGUAUGUGCGGAAGGUUAAGUCAAUUGAGAUUCGGGAUGGGAAGGUUGGUGGUAACGGCCAUUCUGGUUCUGGUUCUCGUUCUGGCGUUGCUCGGGGUCGGUCGCAGAAAGUAAAACCAAACCCACAGGGACAGAAACAGAAGCAACAUGCCAUCGACGAUGCGCGACAAGUCACCAGCAACCACGGCCCACAAGCAAUCCUCCGCUACACCGCAGACACCAACAGGACCGGCCAACCCCAACCCUACGAGGCCCAAGAAGACUUUGACGAGAUCCAAAUCACCGUCAAGGAAGACUCUCAAUCAGAAGACAACAUCAACGCCAACUGGACCCCGGGCUACUUGCACCUCGACAUCCCCCUCGUCAUGAACAUGGACCCUGUCUACGGCGCCGGAGUCGUCUACAACUUCAAACGCGAAACCCGCAUCCCUACCGACGUCGGUCUCGAAAACUUGGCCCUUUAUUCUCAACACGAUCCAUCAGAUUCAAAUGAUGAACACCACGGCUGGUUUGCAGUCUUGAUCGAUCAUUGUCAAAACUGUUGGGUCGCCAAUGUCAAAACCCAUCAUUUUGUCUCUGGUAUCAAGGCUGGUCCGGGGUCGAAACAUGUCACGGUUCAGGAUUGUGAGGUUCUGGAACCAGUUUCGAUGCCAGAGUCGGGAGCCAAGACGCCCGGACCGAAUGUGUUUGUGGAUUCGGAGGGCGUUCGUGCCAACAACGAUGCUGGACCCCAUGAUCGAUGGACCACAGGAACGUUGUACGACAACGUCCACAGCAGAGACCUCAACGUCCGAAACCGAGGUUGGAUGGGUUCCGGCCAAGGUUGGUCAGGCGCCUUUCACGUCGUCUACCACGCCUCCGCCGACAUCCCCGCCCGCUUCCAAUCCCCACCCGGCGCAACCAACUGGAUCAUCGGCUUCGAAGGCACUCUUGGCGAGAAGCAUACAGAAUUCGACGGCGACGACGCAACAUUCCUCGACCCAGAACCCUAUGAUAUCGGACGCACGCCCAGAUCCUUGUACUGGUCCCAGUUGGUGGCUAGAAUGGGUGGGACAGAGAGUGCGGCAAAGUGGGUAGAGAAAGUUGUGGGUGUGAAGGGGAAGAGUCGGUAUAUGAGGCCGUUGAAGAGGAGAUUUUUGACGCUGAAUGAAAUUGUGUUGGCGGAUAGGCAUGUUCGAUCAUUGUCGAGGUUGGAAACGGAUCAGGACGAGGAGCUGGGGCUGGAUAAAACCGAUAUGGAGGCGAAUAUUGAGCAGCUGCAGCGUGGUAUCCAGAGGAUGGAACUCGAGAUCAAAAAGCACGGGCACGAACACCUCCUCGUUGAUGAUUAUGAUGAAGACGAGGAAGAGAACGAAGAAGACACUUGGUAA